AUGGCAGAGAUAAGUAGGUCGAUGCAGCUUGCAGGAAAUCGGAAGCCACCACCUGAAGCCACUUUCAAUGUUUCUGCAUCCGAGGCACCAAACAAGCAGUAUCGACCAUGGUUACAGCAAGUGUCUCCAGCAAGCAAUGGGAUUCUGCAUAUUCCUACCAAUGCGCUUUCUCAGAAGACACUCCAUUCGCUGAUUCAUGGCAAGAACGUGACGCAGACGGAAUCCAAUCUCCAGAAACCUGGAAAGCAUCUUGUAAACAAGAAACAGCAUAUCCCGCCACAAGGCUCGGUGAAAUCGAAGGAUGAGGUAAAUGCGUCUGUGAGGUCUAAAAUGAGGGAGUCAUUGGCAGCUGCGUUGGCCUUGAUUCAGAAAGAUGAUGAUUCUCCGAAAGGGAAAGAGAAUUCUGAGACGGAGGGAACUCCUGUGAUGACUCUGGACUCAUCUGCUAGCAUCAGCAUCAGUGUGCCUACAGGUGAAGGGACCAUCUCAGAACUGCCCAGCGGUGUUGAAAGUUCUGUGCAGAAGGACAGUGAGGUUUCCGUCGACAUGAUGGUGGAAGAUGCUAAUCAACCUGAUUCACUUAAGGCUCAAUAUGACGAGGUUUUCCCUCGGGAUGAUGUUCCAUUUUCAGAUAUUAUUUUUUCCACCGAUGACCUUUUACAGGGUAAUGAACUCUCAUGGGUUCUGGAAAAUGUUUCAGAUCUUGGCGAGCCAAAAGAUUUUGGAACCGAUGUCGAAAAGUCAUAUCAGGAUCCAGAACUUUUGGCAUGUAGAAUUGAAAUGGAAUUGUUUAAGCUUUUUGGUGGUGUGAACAAAAAGUAUAGAGAGAAAGGAAGGUCUCUCUUAUUCAAUUUGAAAGAUAAGAAAAAUCCUGAGCUAAGAGAAAGAGUUAUGUCUGGAGAGAUCUCUUCUGAGAGGUUGUGUGCUAUGACAGCCGAAGAACUGGCCUCUAAGGAGCUUUCUGAGUGGCGACAAGCCAAAGCUGAAAAGAUGGCUGAGAUGGUUGUUCUACGGGAUACAGACAUUGAUGUCAGACGUCUGGUGAGGAAGACGCAUAAGGGGGAAUUCCAGGUUGAAAUUGAUCCCGUUGACAGUGGCUCAGUAGAUGUUUCUGCUGCUAUCACGUCAAAUAGACAUAGCAAACGUCGUCCCAAAGCCAAAUCUCUUCCUGCCAAAGAUGAGACACCGAAAGCUGAUCAAGCAACAUCAGGUGAUACUCCUCUCGCAACUGAAGAGAUUGAUCUCAUGCAAGGUUUGGCGAUGGAUGAUGAGUUGAAGGACGUGGAAUUUCUUCCUCCGAUUGUAUCGCUUGAUGAGUUCAUGCAAUCCCUGGACUCUGAGCCUCCAUUUGAAAGUCCGCAUAGUAACUCUGGAAUGCAGCUGUCUGCGUCUGAGAAAAGUGACUCCGAAGUUGGGCCACAGUCAAAAGAAUCUCCCAAGGAACCAAGUGAUAAAGAAGGUUCUCUUCAACAAACCCUGCAGAAGAUUGAUGAAGUUUCCCCAAAAUCUGGUGGCAGUGUGAAACUUGAUGACGAUGUCUCUGGACUUGAGAAAACAUCCUCCCAUGCCGAUGUUAAGGGAGAAAGAAUAUGGGAUGGAGUACUGCAAAUGAGUGCGGCUUCCUCGGUUUCUGUCACUGGCAUAUUCAAAAGUGGUGAGAAAGCAAAGACGAGCGAGUGGCCGGCGAUGAUAGAAGUGAAGGGUAGAGUUAGGCUGAGUGGGUUUGGGAAAUUUAUACAAGAGCUUCCCAAGUCUCGAACCCGUUCCCUAAUGGUAAUGUACUUCGCUUGUAAAGACGGCAUUCCUGAGAGCCAGCGUGGCAGCCUUAUUGAGGUUGUUAAUUCCUACGUUGCUGAUGAGAGAGUUGGGUACGCAGAGCCAGCCUCAGGCGUGGAGCUUUACCUUUGCCCAACACGUGGAGAGUCUCUAGAUUUGUUGACCAACGUCAUCUCUAAAGACAAGCUCGAUGAGUUCAAGUCUUUGGAUGUUGGAUUGGUUGGAGUUGUUGUGUGGAGACGAGUCACCGUUCACAAGCCCGUCUCGAAACGUCCGCAUCCGUCUUCUUCUUUUGCUGCUGCCUCUAGAAACUCCGGUCUGCCUGCAAACAAGAAGCAGAGAGUAAAUGUCACGGAGAAACAACCUCUUGUUGUUGCAUCAAAUGGGAAUUAUCAUCAUGGUUAUGGAGGUAAUAAAGCUGUGGAAGCUGCUGCAGCAGAUGAUGAUGAUGUGCCGCCUGGAUUUGGUCAUGUAGCUUCGAGAGAUGACGAUGAUUUACCGGAGUUUAACUUCAGCUCCUCGGUUGUGCCAGUUUCUUCUCCUCGGCCAUUACCGGCUCAAUCCAAGUCUUUGGAUCAAGUACGAAAGCUCAUUCACAAGUAUGGAAAAUCUGUUAAUGAUGACGACGAUGACAUACCUGAAUGGCGGCCAGAUGUCCCUAGCCACCAGCUUCCACCGCCUCCUCCUCCACCUCCCGGCUUCAGGCCCGAGAUUGUUAGAGCGACUCAAGAUGGUUGGUGGGAUAGUCAAAACGGCGACUCAGGGCAACACUAUGAUCGGAACCGGUCAAGAAACAGAGGGUUUUAA